AUGACUGCUUAUGGUCUAAUCGACGAACUCAAAUCUUUGUCCAGUUCACAAUCAGAAAGUGCCUAUUGUUAUUCAAUCGAACAUUUGACUACACAAUUAGAGCAUAUGAUCUCUGCUAAUGUGCUCGAAGGCGAUCAAUUGGCUUGGAUAUUGAUCGAUCAUCUUCAUCAAUUGAUUCCUCUGUUUGAAAUGAAAUUAUUUAAUGAUAUUAGUGUUCAACAAACAAAUUUUUUCUUAAAAAAACUAAAUCAAUUCUUUCAACAACGACAAUUUCUCUGCGGUGCUGUUAGAUCAAUGAAAGAUCAUUCUCAACAACAAAAAGUUUUUUACAAUUAUUUCUCUCUACUCAAAAUCUCUUAUUUUGAAAGUACUGGUAAAUAUGAUAAUAUCAUUACUUGUAUUAUACCUAUUAUUUCCGUCGCAAGUAUUUUCGUACGAAUGGUUGAAACAGAUAUUCCUUCGAAUUUUCUUCCUUCUUUGCUCGAUUUCAUUGAAUCUUAUUGGCAAAAUCCAGAUCGAGAAUUGGUCAUGCGUUAUACUAUUGGUUUGAUUAAAGUAUUUUCGAAAUCACCCUCACUUGUACUAAUGAUCAUUCAACACAAAUGGCCUAAUGCUUGUUUACGUUAUUUAUCUAAUAUUAAUGAAAUAAAUACAUCGAAAUCAACUUAUCAUGUUCAUUAUAUUCUUCUUGUCACUCUUCAAAAACUUGCUCGACAUACUAUUGGUGUUCAAAUAUUGAACGAAUUGAAUUGUCACAAAAUACUUUAUGAUAAUCAAACAAAAAUGCAGAACAUCUAUAAUGAACAUGAAUACUUUCAACUUCAAUUAAUUUCCUACAUGAUUGAUGCCCUUCUUAUGAGCUCCGAUGAAAUCAAACAACAGACAAUAUCAAAUAACGAAUUGAUGAGUCAAAUACUCGAUCAACUUGUCCGAAUGAUUAUUGAAGGAUCACAUUCUAUUGGAUUUUUAUACGAUUGUUUUCAUAUAUCAGAACCAUUGAUAGUACUCAGUAAAUUGUUUGUUAAUGAUGAUAUUUUGACUAUUUGUCUAGCACAAAAUGAUCGUCUAUUUCAAUGUUUUACUCAAUUAUUCUCUCAUUUUUCUGCUCAAAUUAAAACUCAACAACCGCUCGAUGCUGAACGUGACAGUGAAACUAUUCUUGCAGUGAGCAAUAUUCUAUGGAGUAUUUCAUUUCAAGAACGUUAUCAUGAAUAUUUCAAAAUGAAUACUAUGCUCAUGAAUACACUCUCAAAUUUAGCACAAUCAUCAUCAACAUAUGAUAUAUUACAAAGUAAAUUGAUUCCAUACGAUUUAUAUUCCGUAAAAAAAUCAGUUCAAGGAAUAUUGUGGAAUUUAAAAACAUUGUCUAUUCAUUCUCGAUCGUCAGGUAAUGUUUCAUCGACUGAACAACGCCCACCAUUGAUCAUGAUUAGUUAUUCACAUAGUGAUGCUAGUUUUUGUCGAGAACUAGUCGAAUGUCUAUCAGUUCAUGUACCAAUCUGGGUUGAUUACAAACAAGCAGACAAUACUGUUAAUCAUUCUGAUGAUCUUUGGGAAGAAAUUGCUUAUGCAAUGGAAAUGGCCACUGUUAUCAUUGUUAUUGUAUCAAAAGAAUAUUAUGAAUCAAAAUCCUGUCGACAAGAACUUUGUUAUGCCAGUGAUACACUCAAAAAACGAAUCAUUCCAGUUUAUGUUCCCAAUCAGCAAUAUCGAGCAAAUGGUUGGCUUGGUAUUCGAAUAGCCGGUCAAAGAUAUAUUCAUUUCGGACGUAAACUCUUUGUUGUUGCCACCGAAGAAUUGAUAUCAAUGAUAAUCGAUUAUCAAAAAUCAACACAGACAUCCGUUAUAAUUUCUCAACCACUUGUUACCAACGAAACUAUUCCAAAACCUAUCAAUGAUACGAAAAGUGACGUAUUAUCAUUGAAAGAUUGGACAUCGAAAGAAGUUCGUCAAUGGUUCGAGGAAAAUCAUAUUCAUCCUGAUUUAAUUUCACUUUUUAUUGAUCAAUUUCAUACAGGUACAGCUCUUCUGAUUUAUGCUCAACAUUUGAAAUAUUUCUAUCGACAUGAAUAUGUACGAAUAUUGACAAAGUAUCAUCAAGUACUAGACGGUAAACGUCUCGAUACACUCGAUUUUGUUACAUUCGUUGAUGCAUUCUUUCGCCUUCGAGAAAAAUACAAUCCAAAUAAUAGCAAAGAUGAUCUUGAAAGAUCGAGUGAAAUUCAACUUCCAUGGACCGAUGUUCAAGAUCGAAUCACUUGGCUGUAA